UCCAGGUUUCAACAGUUGAUAGAGUAAGUAGGUACUUUUGACCAUAUCCAUAUCUACCCCGUUGUGCGACGUCGAGCCCCGACUCCAUUUCUGUUUAUCUUUGUCUAUCUAAAUGUUGGGCCGGAUGUCAAUAUGCAUCUCGUUCCUAAAGAGCUCGAUAAGCUCGUCACGUCUCAGCUGGGCUUUCUGGCCCAGCGAAGGCUGGCUCGAGGCGUCAAGUUGAAUCAUGCCGAAGCAUGUGCCUUGAUCGCCAACAAUUUGCAAGAGCUCAUUCGCGAUGGCAAUCAUUCAGUGGCCGACCUCAUGUCCAUUGGCAAGACCAUGCUUGGUCGGCGGCAUGUGCUUCCGUCGGUGGUCGCGACCUUGACGGAGAUCCAAGUUGAAGGGACUUUCAAGACCGGCACCUACGUCGUGACUGUGCAUCAUCCGAUCAGCUCCGACGACGGCGACCUGGAAAAGGCCCUGUACGGGAGCUUCCUACCGGUGCCGUCGAAAGAGGCCUUUGCCUUGCCGGAUCCCGCCGAGUACGACAACAAGAAGAUGCCCGGUGCGGUCAUCCCGGUCAAAGAGGGCAAGAUAGUGUUGAACGAAGGGAGAAAACGAAUCCGGCUGAAAGUGACCAGCAAAGGCGACAGACCGAUCCAGAUCGGAUCUCACUACCAUUUCAUCGAAACCAAUCCACAGCUUGAAUUUGACCGAGCCAAGGCAUAUGGAUUUCGGCUGGACAUCCCAGCAGGGACAUCAGUCCGAUUCGAGCCAGGCGACACCAAGACGGUCAAUCUGGUCGAGAUUUCCGGGCACAAGGUGAUCCGGGGCGGCAACAACCUAGCUUCUGGAGUGGUGGACGUGUCACGAAUCGAGUCGAUCAUCGAGAAGCUGCAACAAGCGGGAUUUGCACAUGUCCCCGAUCCAGCAGGCGACAUGGGCCACAUCGACGCGGCGACCAUGACUCGAAGCGACUACGUGAGCAUGUUCGGCCCGACGACCGGCGACCUCGUGAAACUAGGCAACACGGACCUCUGGAUCCGCGUGGAAAGGGACACGACGACGUACGGAGAAGAAUGCAAAUUCGGAGGCGGCAAGACUCUCCGCGAAGGAAUGGGCCAGGCAUCAGGCCGACCCGACACCGAGGUUCUCGACACAGUAAUCACAAACGCCCUCAUUGUGGACUGGACGGGGAUCUACAAGGCCGACAUUGGAAUCAAACAGGGAAUAAUCACGGGCAUCGGCAAGGCAGGCAACCCAGACGUGAUGGACGGGGUGUCCGCUGGCAUGAUAGUCGGCAGCGGAACGGACGUGGUCGCGGCCGAGGGCAGCAUUAUCACAGCGGGCGGAUUGGACUCACACAUCCACCUGAUCUGUCCGCAACAGGCAUACGAGUCUGUCGCCUCCGGGAUCACAACAUUCCUAGGCGGCGGGACGGGGCCAUCAGCAGGAACAAACGCAACAACCUGCACUCCAGGCCAGACGCACAUGAAACAAAUGCUACAAGCGGUCGACGCACUGCCAAUCAACUAUGGAAUCACAGGCAAAGGCAACGACAGUUCACCCACAGCGCUCCGCGAAUCCUGCGAGGCCGGGGCAUGCGGACUCAAACUCCACGAGGACUGGGGCAGCACGCCCGCAGCCAUCGACACCUGUUUAAGUGUGUGCGACGAAUACGAUGUGCAAUGCUUAAUCCAUACCGACACGCUCAACGAGUCCGGGUUCGUCGAGUCGUCCAUCGGCGCCUUCAAAGGGCGGACCAUCCACACAUACCACACCGAGGGCGCGGGCGGCGGCCACGCACCGGACAUCAUAUCGGUGGUUGAACACCCCAACGUUCUACCGUCGUCGACAAACCCAACCCGUCCGUACACGCGCAACACGCUCGACGAACACCUCGACAUGUUAAUGGUCUGUCACCACCUGUCGAAAAACAUCCCCGAGGACGUGGCGUUUGCAGAAUCACGCAUCCGCGCAGAAACUAUUGCCGCCGAAGACGUCCUGCAUGACUUGGGCGCGAUCAGCAUGAUGUCCUCUGACAGUCAGGCCAUGGGUCGCUGUGGCGAAGUCAUCCUCCGGACCUGGAACACCGCGCACAAGAACAAGGUCCAGCGUGGUCCGCUGCCGGAAGAUAAAAAUACCGGAGCUGACAAUUUCCGCGUCAAGCGCUAUGUCAGCAAAUAUACAAUCAACCCGGCCAUUGCGCAGGGCAUGUCCCAUAUUAUUGGGUCUGUCGAGGUUGGCAAACUCGCUGAUUUGGUUCUGUGGAAGCCGAGCAAUUUUGGCACGAAGCCCAGUUUGGUUAUCAAGAGCGGUAUGAUUAGUUAUGCUAUGAUGGGCGACCCCAACGGCUCCAUCCCAACCAUCCAACCCAUCAUCUCACGGCCCAUGUUCGGCCCCCUCGUGCCCUCGACAUCCAUCACUUUCGUGUCGCAGGCCUCAAUCAAAUCCGGUGUGGCCAAAUCUUACAACCUCCGCAAACGAGUUGAAGCCGUCAAAAACUGUCGGGGCCUUACGAAGCGUGAUAUGAAAUUUAAUGAUGUUAUGCCGAGCAUGAAAGUCGAUCCGGAGCGGUAUACUGUCCAUGCCGACGGUCAACAUUGUACUGCCGAGCCGGCGGAUGAGGUUGCGUUGGGACAGGGCUAUUUUGUUUUCUAGAUUGGAUUCCGAAAGAUAACUAUUGGUACGAGGCUACUGAGCCAUGUCGUCGCCAUAUCAUGUCAUCUGAGAAUGAAUCUGAACAAAGCAAUACAAACCAAACCAGACUAUUACCAAACAAACCAGAGGUAUUCUUUUUGUGUGCUGACGGGCAAUGCAAUCCGAUCCGUUCAAUCUGAUCCGA